AUGUCACCCGCACCUGUCGCGCUCCUCCUCACCAACAUCCUCCAUUUCCUAGCAACAUUCUCCCUUGCCAUCCUCUCCGGCAUCGCCUUGUCUCUCACCAUCUGGUGCAUCCCCCUUGUCCGACUCGCACCCACCACAUCCUCUAAGAUCCGCCAAUUCAACCACAUCAUCCAGCUCGGCUUCACCUACCUGCAGCCCUCCUCACGCAUCAUACCAGCCUGUCUCGUUGCUGCAAUCGCCAUCGCUUUCACCAACGGGGAUCCUAGAUGGAAGCACUACGUCGCUACGGUGGCAGUCAUGAUACCUACCGGGCCAUGGGAGGUCUAUCUGGUCUUCCCCAUCAACGAUGAGAUCAAGGCGAUGGGGCAGUCGUUAGAGAAGGGUAAGGAGGACUUUGGAAAUCCGAGGGAUCAGGAGCUGGAAAGGCGGCUGGAUGAUUGGGUGAAGUGGCAUACUGGGAGAAUUGUGGCGCCGAUGUUAGGGACUGGGAUCCUGUUGGCGAGUGCUUUGGACAUGCUGCCUUUCUAA